AUGGGGGCCCGUGCUGUUGUGACCGACGCCAACAUCUCAUCCAGCCUUGAGAGCAACACCACGGGCAUUACGGCCUUCUCCAUGUCCGGCUGGCUGCUGGCCCUGUGGGCCGUCGCCUACCUGGCCCUGGUGUUGGUGGCCGUGACGGGCAAUGCCACGGUCAUCUGGAUCAUCCUGGCCCAUCAGAGAAUGCGCACAGUCACCAACUACUUCAUUGUCAACUUGGCCCUGGCUGACCUCUGCAUGGCCGCCUUCAACACCGCCUUCAAUUUCGUCUACGCCAGCCACAACAUCUGGUACUUCGGCCGUGCCUUCUGCUACUUCCAGAACCUCUUCCCCAUCACGGCCAUGUUCGUCAGCAUCUACUCCAUGACUGCCAUCGCCAUUGACAGGUACGUGGCCAUCGUCCACCCCUUCCAGCCGCGGCUCUCGGGCCCCCACACCAGAGCGGUGAUUGUCGGCAUCUGGCUGCUGGCCCUGGCCCUCGCCUUCCCCCAGUGCUUCUACUCCACCGUCACCACGGACCAGGGCGCCACCAAGUGUGUGGUGGUCUGGCCUGAGGGCAACGGCAGCAAGAUGCUCCUUUUGUACCACCUCGUGGUGAUCGCCCUCAUCUACGUGCUGCCUCUCGUGGUGAUGCUCCUCGCCUAUAGCGUCAUCGGCCUCACGCUCUGGAGACGCGAGGUUCCCGGGCACCAGGUGCACGGCGCUAGCCUGCGCCACCUGCAGGCCAAGAGGAAGUUCGUGAAGACCAUGGUGCUGGUGGUGGUGACGUUUGCCAUCUGCUGGCUGCCCUACCACUUCUACUUCAUCCUGGGCAGCUUCCAGGAGGACAUCUACUACCACAAGUUCAUCCAGCAGGUGUACCUGGCGCUCUUCUGGCUGGCCAUGAGCUCCACCAUGUACAAUCCCAUCAUCUACUGCUGCCUCAACCACAGGUUUCGCUCUGGAUUCCGGCUUGCUUUCCGUUGCUGCCCGUGGGUCACACCGACUGAGGAAGAUAAGAUUCAGCUGACUCACUCUCCAUCCCUUUCUAGGAGGGUCAACAUGUGUCACACUAAAGAGAUUUCUUUCAUGGCUGGGGAUACUGCCCCCUCUCAGGCUACCAAUGGGCAGGCCAUUCCCCAAGAUGGGGUACCUACUGAACCCUGA